AUGAUGCGUGCCCGUCGAUACCGCAUUUCCUUGGUGUUUGCCGUCGUUUUUGUCCUUCUCAUACUUCACUUUAGCCGGUCCCACGAUCAGCCUGCGGCCUUCCAAGUCCCUCUGCCCGCCCCUCCUAUCGAUCAUAAACCUCCGUUCCCUGGUCAGAGCAUCGACCGUCCAGUCAAGGAUGACGAUUAUAGUGUCAAGAAGCCAAUUGUCCCUCCCCCCGCUCCGGCUCGUCCGGCAUCCUCGGAGGAACCUCAACAACAACCGCCUCAGCAGCAUCAAUCGCCCUACACCUCUGAUGAGGUUUCGUCUCCAACGAUAAACCGCCCCGACUCUUCGUAUGAUACACCCUCAGAGGAUGAGGAACUAGGUCAUAAGCCCCAGACGGGCGCGCAGACCCAAGGUAUACACGACCAUGAAAUCGAUGAGGAUCUUCCUACGGCUCCUCACUGGAAGCCCACACCUGAGCAACACCCCAUUGAUCUUAAGACGCUAAUUAAACUACCUACUGGAUCAUCCAAAUCGCUCCCGCAAUUGCAGGCAAAAUUCGCAGAUGAAUCUUCCGCCGACAAGAUGCAGCGUCUCCAACAACUCAACACCAUCAAAACGGCUUUCCUACAUGCCUGGAACGGCUACAAGGUCUCUGCCAUGGGCCAUGACGAAGUGAAGCCGCUUCGUGGUGGAUUCAAGGAUCCCUUCAAUGGCUGGGGUGCAACCCUUGUUGACUCCUUGGAUACUUUGUGGAUCAUGGAUCUGAAGCAGGAGUUUUCCAUGGCAGUAGACUUUGUCAAGAAAAUCGAUUUCACAGUCAGCAAGCGAAAGGAAAUUCCGGUAUUUGAAACCGUUAUUCGCUACCUUGGUGGGUUGCUUGGCGCCUAUGACGUCUCUGGCCACAAGUACGACGUCCUCUUAGAAAAGGCCGUUGAACUCGCCGAGGUUUUGAUGGGUGCUUUCGACACCCCCAAUCGGAUGCCCACCCUCUACUACAAAUGGAACCCGGAUUAUGCAUCUUCUCCUCGCCGAGGAGAUUUCAAGGCUGUCCUUGCAGAGCUGGGCUCGCUUUCCCUCGAGUUCACGCGCCUAGCGCAGCUGACGAAGGAUGACAAGUACUACGAUGCAAUUGCUCGGAUCACAAAUGAGCUUGAGAAAUAUCAGCAUAAAACAAAGCUUCCUGGACUGUGGCCUUUGAACCUCGACGCUUCCGGGUGCCGAAGGCCGGUAUACGAACCAGAACUGGAGACUGAUGAAGAAGAGGCUUCCGUGGGGCAGCCAGUCAGAGGCCCAGCCAUGACUUAUGAGACUAGAUCCAAUUCAACAAGUCCCAAAGCUCUCUACUCAAGAGGUAUUCACGAAGACGCGGAGCCCGCCUAUUACGGAGAUGACGAUUCUUCCGACACAGAUUCGCUUGGUACUCGGACACCUCCACCGAAGCAGGACUGCUUUGAAGGGCUCAACAACCAGCUUUCAAAUACCGACAGGUUUGGUCUUGGGGCUCUCGGUGACUCCACUUAUGAGUAUUUACCAAAAGAGUACAUGCUUCUUGGUGGUAACAAUGAACAAUACCAGAACAUGUACACAAAGGCCAUGGAUACAGUGCGCGAGCAACUUGUUUACCAACCAAUGCUUAAAAACCACCGCGAUGUUCGGUUCUUGGCUACUGUCACAAUGACCAAGAACCUCGAUGCGAACCCCCCGGGUCGCACGACCUUUGCCUACGAAGGUACCCAUCUGACAUGCUUCGCUGGCGGUAUGUUUGCCAUCGGCGCAAAGCUCUUUGGGCUCGAGAAGGACCUGCGCCUAGGCAGCCAAUUGACGGAUGGCUGUGUCUGGGCGUACGAAAGCACCAAGACUGGAAUCAUGCCGGAAGCGUUCAAAUUAGUUCCUUGUGAAAAAGGCGAGCAGUGUGAGUGGAGCGAAGAAGCCUACUAUGCGGCCAUGGAUCCUUACGCUGAAAAGCGGCCGGGGCCACUUGGCAAGCGAUCUGCCGAGCCCGAAAAGGGGAAUUGGCAUGUCAAGGCGAUACCCGACUCCCCUACAUCAACCGGCAAUAAAGGAACUAGCUCAGCUGCCGUUAUUGAGGACUUCGAUAAUCGAAACCCUGACCCAGUCCCAGUCAAGGGAGUACUUUCUCAUGAGGAAUUCGUCACAGACAAGAUUCUCAACGACCGGCUCCCGCCAGGUAUGACUGGGAUCUCGUCACGCCAAUAUCUCCUUCGCCCAGAGGCGAUUGAAUCUGUAUUCAUCAUGUACCGCCUCACGGGAGACUCCUACUGGCGUGAGAAGGGCUGGAAGAUGUUCCAGGCUAUUGAUAAAGCCACGAAAACCGAGUUGGCCCACUCCGCCAUCGCCGAUGUUACAGUUGACGAUCCACGACCUCUUGAUAGCAUGGAGUCUUUCUGGCUGGCUGAAACUCUGAAGUAUUUUUACCUUUUAUUCAGCGACCCGAGCCUGGUGAGCCUUGAUGAAUACGUGCUAAACACUGAGGCGCAUCCGUUCAAGCGCCCUGAAUACUAA